AUGAUAGGCUUGUGGAAAGUCGGUAGGACCAUAGGAAAAGGAAGCUCAGGUCGUGUCAGGAUUGCUAGACAUUCUACUACCGGCCAGUAUGCAGCGGUGAAGAUUGUUUCAAAGAACGUCCUCCUGAACUCGAUGAACAACCUUGGCGACUCUGCAGAACACAUGCUCCUCAGCAUCGAACGCGAAAUAGUCAUCAUGAAAUUAAUCAAUCACCCGAAUAUAAUGCGUCUUUACGAUGUUUGGGAAACAUCAAGUGAGCUGUACCUCAUCCUGGAAUAUGUCGAGGGCGGGGAACUUUUCGAUUAUCUGUGCAACAAGGGCCGUUUGUCAACUUCGGAAGCUCUGGGAUAUUUUCAGCAAAUAAUUUCUGCGAUACACUACUGCCAUAGUUUUAACAUUGCCCAUAGGGACCUCAAGCCAGAAAACUUGCUGAUGGACCAGAACAAAAAUAUCAAAGUUGCAGAUUUUGGAAUGGCUGCAUGGCAGGCUAGCUCGAACAAUGGAAUGCUACGGACAGCGUGUGGGAGCCCCCAUUAUGCUGCUCCUGAGGUUGUUAUGGGACAAGAAUACAAUGGCUCUGCUUCGGACAUCUGGUCUUGCGGCGUCAUUCUCUUUGCUCUGCUGGUCGGGCGACUUCCUUUCGACGAUGAGGACUUGUACACCUUACUGGAAAAAGUCAAGCGAAGCACCUUCGACAUGCCUUCCAACAUCGAUCCACUUGCUCAAGACCUCAUCUCAAAAAUGCUCCGGAAGGAUGUCAGCCAACGUAUUACCAUUCCUGAGAUCUUGAGGCAUCCUUUUUACAUAUCGC